AUGGACUGGCUCGACCCUCACCUCUGCAAGCUAGUUUAUUCAUCGGUCGUCGCUGUUGUAUCUAUUUGCGGCCAAUUUACUACUGUUAUAAUGGCUACCGAGCCAAACACUGCUACUGUCGUACCAGUACCAGCUGAGCCAAAAGCGCAAUGGAAUGUAGCAGAGACGAACGCUCUUCUCGAUCACCUAGUCAGCAACAAAUCCGAGCUCAGAGGGAUAUACCGAGAGAUCCAAAACUAUCACAACGUCUCAGGAGCUCACUGGGAUAAUACCAGAGGCGCUGGAAUCGAAGGAAGGACUGCAUUAGAGGUAUUCAAUAACUACGUCACAUCAAGUACGUCCCGCGCUUCAAUGCAGCCAUUUGCCAACAGCGGGUGGAUAUACUACGACAAACUAGCUGAGAUCUUCCCAAAUGGCACUGGCGCUCAGGGAACUCACACAUUUCAUCUGGCUGCUGCUGCAGCUCCAGUACUGGCUGACGAUGAUGUUGAGCCUGGCGCAGAGCAUGUCAUCACUACUGCUGCUGCUGCAACCAUCAUCGCAUCAGCUGCCAGUGCCAGUAAUAACCCUGUUGCUGCUACCAUGGAACUGCCUCGUGAUACCAACUUCAAUGCUUCUCGUCUUCCCAUCUUGCCUCCUUCCACUGUUGCAUCCAGUAUUGGCACUGGAAAACGCACUCAUGAUGAUGCAUCGUGCGACAUGGAAUCAUCAACUCACCUAUCCAGCUAUCUGUCAUUUUCUGGUCCCUUGCCGUCCUCUACCUUGGUAUCAGCACCCCCUCCUGCAAAAAAAUUUGCAGCACGAGGGUUGAAGGUUUCACCUGCCACUGCUGUUGUUGGCAUGCAGGGUUCCAUCAACCGCAUUGGUGACAUUCUCGAAAAAGCCGUCACUGCAGCGCCUGUGCCUGCACCACCACUACCACCUCCUCCACCCCCUCCCCCCUUGGUUGCAACCGCUCUUGAUCGCGCCAUGAUCCUUAUGCAAACCGAAGACGUGGAGGUGCCUGCAGAGGACUUGGGCCGACUGUUACUAAUUUUUACAAGCAAUGAGCGGGCGAUGGAGAUUUAUGUGCAAAGCCCACUGGGACCACGCCGCUCUUAUAUCAAGGCGCUUCUUGAGGCUCAUGCAGCGAAGUAG